AUGAGUGAUGAUGAGACAGAAUUUCCUGACAGUACCGAUUCAUCUGGCAGUACUGAUGAGUUAAUUGAAAAGCUUGAGGAUGAACUAGAUGAUGAUGGUUCAGACAACUCAUCGUCAGAUGAAGAAGCUGAAAGCCAAGAUUCCAGAAUUAAAAGACUUAAGUCUGAUAGCACCAGUGAAACUAAGGCGUCUACUUCAGCAGGAACCGCGGAACAAAAAUUAGAUGGAUGUAUGCAUCCUGGAUCAUUUGGAGGCAUUUGUAUACAUUGUGGGCAAAAGGUGGAUGGGGAAUCUGGUGUGUCAUUUGGGUAUAUACAUAAGGGACUAAAACUUGAUGAUAAGGAAAUUUCUAGAGUGCGCAGCAGAGACGUGAAGAAUUUAUUAAAUCGUAGAAAGCUUUGCUUGGUUCUGGACUUAGAUCACACACUGCUAAAUACCACUUCCCUUCAUCGUUUGAGCCCAGAAGAAAUGCAUUUAAAAACCCAUACAGAUUCUCUAGAAGAUAUCUCUAAAGGUAGCCUCUUCAUGUUGGAGCAUGUGCAAGUAAUGACCAAGUUGAGGCCCUUUGUCCGCACAUUUCUUAAAGAAGCAAGUGAAAUGUUUGAAAUGUACAUCUACACCAUGGGUGAUCGGCGGUACUCGUUAGAGAUGGCCAGGCUGCUUGAUCCUCAAGGGGAAUACUUCAAAGAUAAGGUAAUUUCUCGAGAUGAUGGGACUCAAAAGAACGUGAAAGAUCUGGAUCUUGUGUUGGGGACAGAAAAUUCUAUCUUAAUUCUUGAUGACAAAGAAGAGGUAUGGCCGAAGUACAGAGAUAAUCUGAUAUUGAUGGAGAGAUACCACUUUUUCAAUUCAAGUUGUCAGGACUUCGGCCUCCAAUGCAAAUCACUUGCUGCAUUGAAUAUUGAUGAGAAUGAAACUGAUGGUGCGCUUGCCAAAAUACUCGAAGUGCUAAGACAGAUCAACUACAAAUUCUUCGAUGAACUUCAAGGAGAUCUUGUUGAUCGAGAUGUGAGGCAGGUUUUGUCAUCAUUUCGAGGUGAAGUCUUAAGAGGAUGUGUGAUCGUUUUCAGCCUUAAUUUUCGUGGUGACUUGCGAAUACUCAGGAGGAUAGCAGAGAGGUUAGGAGCUACUUGUUUGAAAAAACUUGACCCCACUGUGACACAUGUAAUUGGUACAGAUUUUGUAACUAAGGAGUCCCGGUGGGCCGUGCAAGAGAAGAAGUUUUUGGUUAAUCGUCGUUGGCUAGAGGCUGCAAAUUUCUUUUUGCAAAAGCAGCCUGAGGAGAACUUUCUUUGUCAAAAUACACUAGUUUCUGGUAAUUAG